ACUAAUAUUUAUUAUAAAUAUUGAUUGGUAUUAAAAUAAUUAAUGUUUUCAACAAAAGAAAAAUUAAUACACCGUACCGGACAAAAUGGCGUUGGACGAUACGAUUUUUUAAAACUUUUAAUUAAUGAAUUUAAAUCGACCUCAUCUAAAGAUGCAAAGCAGCAAGUGUUAGCAAAUUUAGCUAAUUUUGCAUACGAUCCUAUUAACUAUGAUUAUUUAAGACAACUUAAGGUAAUAGAUUUAUUUCUUCAUAUAUUGUCAGAAGAUAAUACUACUUUUGUACGCUUUGCUAUAGGAGGUAUUUGUAAUUUAUGCUUAGAUCCCAUAAACAAAGCGUAUAUCUUACGCAAUCAGGGCAUUCCAUUAGUAUCGUUAUUACUUAAUUCUCAGGAUGAAGGAAUCAUACUGUCAUCUAUUACAACUUUAAUGUUUUUAAUUACACCUGAAUCUAAAGACGAUAUACUGUCACCAACCAUUGUUAAACAUAUGCAAGAUUUUUCUAAUAGCACGAAUACUCGUAUUAAAAAUUUAAUAUGUUCUUUAAGUUUAAAAGUUGGAGAUCGUGUAUCGAUUUCUAAAACAAUAACCAACAACGAUGUUUUGAGUUUUGCACAAUUGACCAAUGAUUAUAAUCCUAUUCAUAUUACUUCAGAUAAAAAUAUUGUUCAUGGAGCUUUGCUUAAUGGUUUAGUAUCGGGUGUACUUGGAACAAAACUACCAGGCCCAGGUACAAUCGUUACUGAACAAACUCUUAAAUAUCCUAAUUCGUGUUAUGUUGGUGAUACGGUAGAAAUAAUAGUACAAAUAAUAUCUUUUGAAAUGUAUCUAACAUUUAUUUUUAUUAUCCUAUGCGUGUCAACUGUUUAUGCAAAAAAGGAUAUCAAUGAAAAUAACAAUAAUCAUCUAAACUCAUCAACGUCUGAAGAACCGGUUGGAUGUGUUUGUGGUGUAUUUUUAAGUGGACAAUUUAAAAAAGGUUCAAAAGAACAACCUACGGGAAAUCCUGUUAUUCUUCAUGAACAGUCCGAUUCGUUUCCUUGCACUUCUCAUGGAAACAAACAAUGUAUUAACAAAUGUCUCGAGAUUAUCAUAAAAAAUCUUCCAAAUAGUUCAAAUAUACUUUGUGCUGCGUUAGAUCGUGAUUGUUUAAAAGAAAAAGCAUCUCUCUUCAUACAAAAUUGUAAAAACAAAUGGAUUAAUACGAAUUUAUCAAGUAGUAAAAAGUAUUGUUGCAAAGAUGGAAUUUCGUAUAAGUGUCCUAUCAAUUAAUUAAUAUAAUAUUUAUUUAUAUACAUAUUUAAUUGUAAUAUUUUUUAAACAAUCUUUUUAUAUUCCUAGAUAUUAUUUUUCAAUUUCCCGCCAUUAAUCUAAAUAUAACCUAACUCCUUCAAAGCAGAAGAAUUCAACAUAAAUAUCUGAAAUACUGUGCAUCUAUAUUUAGGAAUUGAGUUAUAACAUUCUGUCCUGGAUUUUAUAAAUGGAUAGCUCAUUAAAUAGACUAUUUCUAUUUAAAAUGCAUUGUUAAAUUAUAAUUCAGCUUUGAAAAAUUCUUGUUUCUUUUUGUAAUACUCACAAGUGGAAAUAUAACCCCCAAUAACAGUGUCAUCAGUAAACAACAUUAAUCUUAAGCUUGAUGAAUUGAUUAAUGUGUAUUAUAUUUUAAUUGUAUGUUUUAUAUUUAUAUAUUCUUUUUUUGAAAAAAAAAAAAGAA